AGGCUAGAUCACACUAGACCUAUAAGCCAAGGCAAGGAUUGUGGACAUUGUCAUUCAUUUAGCCAGCGUUGAGCUGCUGCCCUGUGCUAGGCAUGGAGGGGUGUACAAAGUCACAGAGGCUUCCCUUGAGGUGCCUAGGUCUAGUGAGAAGCUUUUGAACACAUAGAUGGCCUUAAGUGCUGUGAUAGAGGUGUGAACCAGAGGCCAGGGAAGCACCCGGGGGAAAGGGGCUGCCUGUUCAUGAGAAGGCAGUGAUGUUUGAGCUGGAUUUUGAAAGAUGAGUAGGAGUUUGACAGGAGGGAGAGGAAAGGCAUUCCCGGCAGUGGAAACAGGAUGGGUAAAGGCACAGAGAUAUGAAAAAGUCCAGGGAGUUUGGGGAUAUGCCCACAACUGGAGCCACAUCGGGCAUUGGAAAGAGGAGAGGCCAGAGGGUCAAGUCCACAGAAGGUUUUCAGGCUCAAGCCAGAGCUGAGGUUUCAUUCCACAAGCAGUGAGGAGCCAGAGACCAGGUUCAAGCAGGAGAGGAUGAUCCCUCUGCCAAGGUGUGUGGGCACGUUGGGUGACAGGGGAGAAGAACAUGGUUACUGCUACCCAGUGGGGUGUAGAGAUGGCCAUGCCUGGGCCUUGGCAGGGGGCUGGAAGAGGGAUCCCUUUUUAUUAUUCGAGAAUGUGGGGGCUGUGGAGCAUGCCCCUCUAUGUGCCCGCAGCCUGGGCUGGCACAGUACCCAGAACAGGGACCUCUCAUUACAGGGCAAUGGGCUUUCCAAAAGGGUAAAGAUCCCAGCCAGCUGGGCCCACGGACUGUGUCCAAAGCAAACAGGAAAAGGCCAUGAUGGGCCAGGCAGCGCCUCUUUCUUUGUUUGGAGUAGAGAUUAGGCCAAUCAGGCUUAUGUGUCUUUUUGCUGCAAAGGUGGGAGAGGGCUGCAGGUCCUACAGAGUGAAACUUGUUGCAAGGGGAUGCAUGACCCCUGGGUGCCAGCCUUCAGCGGUACAACAGAGAUGGCUUUCCUUGGCAAAUUCUAGCCCUGAUGAAGGGAGACUGGAAGCGCAUACUUCUCACUCUCAGUCACCCUCAGGGGCUGCUGCUCCCUCUGUCACCAUGCCCAAGUUGCAGCCCUCCCUCGGUACUUGGCUUCCCACUCUUGCCCCUUGGCCAUCAGCCCAGGCCUAAUAGGGGUGGCUGUAGGUCACUGCAAUGGGAAGUCCACACUGUCCAGACCACCGCCCUGGGGGGCAGGUCUCUAGAGAGAAAGAGGGAAGUGCUGACGGCUCAGAGCACCCUUGAGCCCAAAGAUGGGCACCCAGGAUCCCCCUGAAGACCCUGUACAGGGAUGCCUGAAUGAAUUAACCUAUGAACACUUACCGUCCAUGCAUGCAUUUGUUUACCAAGCCUCCAGGUGGGCUCACUGGUUGCUGGCCCAAGACGGGGCAGGGAGUGGCUAAUGAAUGAGGAGCUGACAGACCAGAUGAGGGAGGAGACAAGCGUGGGCCCUGAGAUGCAUUUGGCCCUAGCAAGAGUCUUGCCUGUCUGCCAUGGUUGGAGGAGGGCUCAGAGAAGGGGGUAGACAAUUCUCCCAGGGCUAAGUGGGAGUGGAGACAGGGGUGGAGAUGGGCUGCAAAGACUCCAAUAAGGAGUGACGCCUGAAUUGACUCACUCAUUCAUCCAUGCACCCAUUCACGCCUGUGUGCAUUCACUCGGCAAAUAUGUAUUGAGCAACUACUAUGUGCCAGGCACCGUGCCUAGAGCCAGUGAGCAGAAGCAGCCAGGGACCUGCUCUUAUGGGGCCUGCUGUUGGUCGGGGAGACAGGCAACACUCAAAUCAUCACCACACAGAUCAAAUGGAAAAUUGUGCUGAGUUAUAGGGCUUUGAAGAAGAGGUUUGUGGUUCUAAGGGGCCUGACGUAGUCACGGAGGUCAGGGUGUCUUCUCUGAGAAAGACUUGAAGAAUAAAUAGGAAGUAACCAGGGCAAGAAGGGGGAGAAGAUGAUGCAAGCAGAGGGAACUGCACAUGCAAAGGUCCUGUGGUGGAGGGUCUGGGUGAAGGCCAGAGUGGCUGGAGUUCCGCAACAGAGGGGAGUGUGGUGAGAAUGAGGUUGGGAAGUGGGCCAGCUGAUAACACUUGAACUUGUGGGUGUCUUUAGAAGAUUUGGUCUGAAUUCCAAGAGCAAAGGGAAGGUUUUAAGCAGUGGUGCAAAAUGAUCCAAUCUGUGUAGCAAGCUAGUUUGAGGGGGCCCAAGUGGAAGUGAGGAGUCAUGAGGGUCCAGCAGUGCCCACAUAAACAAUGACAGUGGCUUUGACCAAGGACAUGGUGAGAUUGGGGGGCAGGGUGAGUUGGAUGUUGGGGUGAGGGUCAGGUGAUAUUGAGGUCUGAGGAACUGGGCUGGCAGAUGGGAAGGGUGACGAUGAACAUCAUAUUCCUGUAAGAACAUAUUAUAUUGAGCAUGAUAAGUAAUAUCUUCCUUUCUACCAAGGAUAGAAUGGUUGACCUCUGAGUAAGAAAGAAGGGAAGGGAAGGAUUUUCAGGUUCUACUAUAUGGUAUUUAAUAUGUUUUCUCAUUAAAUCUGUUCAACAAAUCUGAGAAGUAAAUACUAUUAUUUAUGUACGAGGAAAGGGGUCUCAGAAAAGUAAAAUUACCUACCCAAGGUCAUGGCUGGGAAGAGGUUAAGCCUCCACCAGCCUCCUCUCUUAAAAAAAAGAAAAAAAAAAGGCAAAACAACUUAUUUCAUUCUUCUCAGUGAGCUUAUAAUUGAGGAAAAAGUUUUUGGCAGAAGGGAAAGGGAGGGGAACCUGGAAGAACUCCCUGCUCUGAAAGAAUGCAAGGGAGGCUGGGGCCAUGUCACUGAGGAGCCCUGGGCAUCCAUCCAACCACAGGGGUGAACCAAUGUGUUCUUGACCCGAGCUAGAAACCAACUCUCCCUUUCUCUUCAUCUCCCACCUCCCUGCUCCUGGGAAGUCCUUCUAACCUCCUGGACCUAACCUCGAUCCUCCUGUUCUGGUGCCCACUGUCUCAGCUUGCAGGCAGAUCCAAGCCACCUGGCUGCUCCCUCUCCCCACUGGGCACGAAGCCUGACGCCUGCCCUUCAGCCCUUGGUGGGCUCCCAGGAAGUCUGCAGCCUGUAACCGGACAGUUUGCUCCCAGCAGGUACCCCUGAGCUGCACUCCGCACACUGUUCCUGGAUCUCCUCUCCGAAACCUGGGCAGAGUGUGUUCCCACCCAGUCCGGUGACCUUCGCCUGAGCCCUGGUUAAUUUUUGCCCAGUCUGCAGGCUGUGGGGCUCCUCCCCUUCAGGGAUAUAAGCCUGGCCCGAGGCUGCCCUGUUCCCCACCGGUCCUGAGCCUCCCCAAGCUCCCUCUGCACCCUCACCAUGGCCAAAGGAUUCUACAUAUCCAAGGCUCUGGGCAUCCUGGGCAUCCUCCUGGGCGUGGCGGCCAUAGCCACUAUCAUCGCUCUGUCUGUGCUGUAUGCCCAGGAGAAGAACCAGAAUGCCGGGUACGCCACCACCGUGGCCCCUACGAGCCCCGCGACCAAGCUGACAACCACCAUCACCGCGGCCACCACCUUGGACCAGAGCAAGCCAUGGAACCGAUACCGCCUACCCACGACACUGUUGCCUGACUCCUACAGUGUGACACUGAGGCCCUACCUCACUCCCAAUAAGAAUGGCCUGUAUAUCUUCAAGGGCACAAGCAUCGUCCGCUUCAUCUGCAAGGCCCCCACUGACGUCAUCAUCAUCCAUAGCAAGAAGCUCAACUACACCAAAACCCAGGGGCACAUGGUGGCCCUGCGGGGUGUGGGGGCCUUCUCGGCCCCCCACAUCGACAGGACCGAGCUGGUAGAGCCCACGGAGUAUCUGGUGGUACACCUCAAGGGCUCGCUGGAGGCAGGCAGAAUGUAUGAGAUGGAGAGUACAUUUCAGGGGGAGCUGGCCGACGACCUGGCAGGCUUCUACCGCAGCGAGUACAUGGAAGGCAAUGUCAAAAAGGUGCUGGCCACGACACAGAUGCAGUCUACAGAUGCCCGGAAAUCCUUCCCGUGCUUUGACGAGCCGGCCAUGAAGGCCACAUUUAACAUCACCCUCAUCCACCCCAACGGAUUCACGGCCUUGUCCAACAUGCCGCCCAAAGGUCCCAGUGUCCCGCUUGUAGAAGACCCCAACUGGAACGUCACUGAGUUCGAAACCACGCCUGUAAUGUCCACAUACCUUCUGGCCUACAUCGUGUGCGAGUUCACGAGUGUGGAGACAACGGAACCCAACAACGUCCAGGUCCGGAUCUGGGCUCGGCCUAAUGCAACUGCAGAGAACCAUGGCAGUUAUGCCCUGAACGUGACAGGUCCCAUCCUAAACUUCUUUGCCAAUCAUUUUGAUACACCCUACCCACUCCCAAAAUCUGACCAGGUUGCCUUGCCCGACUUCAACGCCGGUGCCAUGGAGAACUGGGGGCUGGUGACCUACCGGGAGAACUCGCUGCUGUUUGACCCACAGGCCUCCUCCAGCAGCAACAAAGAGCGGGUUGUCACUGUGAUUGCUCACGAGCUGGCCCACCAGUGGUUUGGGAACUUGGUGACCCUGGCCUGGUGGAAUGAUCUUUGGCUGAACGAGGGCUUUGCCUCCUACGUGGAGUACCUGGGUGCUGACUAUGCAGAGCCCACCUGGAACCUGAAAGACCUCAUGGUGCCGAACGAGUUGUACCAUGUGAUGGCUGUGGACGCGCUGGCCUCCUCCCACCCCCUGACCACCCCUGCCAAGGAGGUCAACACACCCGCCCAGAUCAGCGAGAUGUUUGACUCCAUCUCCUACAGCAAGGGAGCCUCGGUCAUCAGGAUGCUUUCUGAGUUCCUGACUGAGGACGUGUUCAGGAAGGGCCUGGCGUCCUACUUGCAUGCCUUUGCCUAUCAGAACACCACCUACCUGGACCUGUGGGAACACCUGCAGAUGGCUGUAAACAAUCAGUCGACCGUCAAGCUGCCAGACACCGUGCGUGCCAUCAUGGACCGCUGGACCCUGCAGAUGGGCUUCCCUGUCAUCACUGUGGACACCAAGACAGGGAGCAUCUCCCAGAAGCACUUCCUCCUUGACCCCGAGUCCAACGUCACCCGCCCCUCAGUGUUCAACUACCUGUGGAUUGUUCCCAUCUCAUCUAUCAGAGAUGGCAGCCUGCAGGACCACUACUGGCUUCCGGGCAACGCAAGAGCCCAGCACAAUCUGUUCAAAACCGGAGCAGAAGAGUGGGUCCUGCUUAACGUCAACGUGACGGGCUAUUACCAGGUGAACUACGAUGAGAACAACUGGAGGAAGAUUCAGAAUCAGCUGCAGAGAAGACCGCUGACCAUCCCUGUCAUCAAUCGGGCACAGGUCAUCUACGACAGCUUCAACCUGGCCAGUGCCCGUAUAGUCCCUGUCACCCUGGCGCUGAACAACACCCUCUUCCUGAAAAACGAGAAAGAGUACAUGCCCUGGCAGGCCGCCCUGAGCAGCCUGAGGUACUUCAAGCUCAUGUUCGACCGAUCCGAGGUCUACGGCCCCAUGAAGAAUUACCUCAGGAAUCAGGUUGAACCCCUCUUCCUAUAUUUUGGAAAUCUCACCCAAAACUGGACUAUGCGCCCAGAAAGCCUGAUGGACCAGUACAAUGAGAUUAAUGCCAUCAGCACUGCCUGCUCCAAUGGGCUGCCUAAGUGUGAGGAGCUGGCCAAGAACCUUUACAACCAGUGGAUGAAGAACCCCCAAAAUAACCCGAUCCAUCCCAACCUGCGGUCCACCAUCUACUGCAACGCCAUCGCCCAGGGCGGCCAGGAAGAGUGGGACUUCGCCUGGAGGCAGUUACGAGAAGCCCGACUGGUUAAUGAAGCUGACAAACUCCGCUCAGCGCUGGCCUGCACCAACCAGGUCUGGCUCCUGAACAGGUACCUGAGUUACACCCUGAACCCAGACCUCAUCCGGAAGCAGGAUGCCACCUCCACCAUUAACAGCAUUGCCAGCAACGUCCUCGGGCAAUCUCUGGCCUGGGACUUUGUCCAGAGCAACUGGAAGAAAAUCUUUCAGGAUUACGGCGGUGGUUCCUUCUCCUUCUCCAACCUCAUCCACGCUGUGACCCGAAGAUUCUCCACUGAGUUCGAGCUGCAGGAGCUGGAGCAGUUCAAGAAGAACAACAUGGAUGUAGGCUUCGGCUCAGGCACCCGGGCUCUGGAGCAAGCCCUGGAGAAGACCAAAGCCAACAUCAAGUGGGUGAAGGAGAACAAGGAGGUGGUGUUAAAGUGGUUCACAGAACACAGCUAAAUAGUCCCUGGUGCUUACAGUCACCUGGCCCCCAUGUAAGAUGCCCACGUGUGUCUAUCCAAGUGGCUCACGGUAGGGCCCCCAUUCCUGAAGCCUGAGGCACCCGUGUCAUCCCCUUAGGAACAGAGUCUCUGGCCCAUGUUCUCUCCACUCUGCCCAGGGGGCCAAUCCAGUUUCUGAUGGCCAGACUGUCCAAGUGCCUCCCAGCCCCUGCCCCUCAUGCCAACCCCACCCCAGGCCUGGCAUGGCUCCUGUCACCCAGGGCCCUGGGGCUGAUCUCAGGGAAGUCCAGCUCAAGGGCCAGAUGAGCAGAGGCCCUUGAUGGAUGAUGGACUGCCUUGGAGGGCUGCCCUGUGCCCUCUCUCACCCUCCCAUAAAGACCCUGAACCUGAGGAGUCAACAGAGCACCAGAUCUGUAUAUUUUUUUCUAAGAUAAAAUAUAAAUAAAGGAUUUCUAGAUGA